UCGCGUACUCUCCAAUCGCCAAAGCGUCUCUCUUUGCUCCACCUCCCCGCCGUUGGGUUCCACUUCCCGGGAAGUUGGCGAUUGGAGUUCGCUGUUUCUGCCUUCCUUGCUCUGGCUGCCAGCUCCUCGGUGGUAGGGUUCACUGUUGCUAAACUGGAGCCAACAGGGCAGCGGGACGAGCCGAGGGCGCCCAUUCAGCCCGCCCGUGAGUCAGGCCUGGCGCAGUAGGACGAGUCAGGGGCACCUCGUCGGCCCGCCUGCGGACCGGGCCUGGGACUACAGGAGCGGCCGCCCGCCUGCUUGUGGCAGAUGGAAGCCAGUCUGACGUGUGCCGUGUGCCUGUCCCUCUUCGAGGACCCGGUGACGCUGCCACUCUGCUCGCAUAACUUCUGCCGGGAGUGCGUGCUGGAGUGUUUGGCCUCGGCCGAGACCGCCCGCCUGCAGCAGCAGCGGGGCCCGGGGCAGGCCCGUCUUUCCCGGGGAGGGCCGGGGCCGGGCGGUUGCGUGGCCGGUACGCGUGUGUCGUGCCCGUUGUGCAGAAAGCUGUGCCCGCUGCCCCGCGGCGGCGCCGCCGCGCUGCCCGUCAACACCACCUUGGCGGAGGUCGUCAAGCUGUACCGGUCUGGCACGUCCGGGGCCGCCAAGGCCGGGGAGGCAGAGCAGGGGCAGGGGCCAGGCCCGCUCUCUCCUCUGGCGCUCGGGGGAACCUGCCAGAAGCAUCCGGGCGGGCUGGUGCAGCUCUACUGCCGUAUGUGCCGCCAGGCGGGUUGCGGGCUCUGCGUCUCUGAGGAGCAUCAAGGCAUCUUCCACUCAGUCAACCUCAUCGAGACUGUGUACCAGGAGGAAAAAUUAACCUUCUUCAGCAGUCUGAAAAAAAUGAGAAUAAUAAAUGAGAAGCUGACAAAUGAAAUCUCAAGUCAGCCAAAUGAUAUAGAGAUGGUGCUGAACAGUGAUGCAGAGGUAAUUGCACUGGAAUUUGGAGAAAUUUUCAAAACCCUGGAAAUGAAGAAACAGCAGUUGCUGGAAGAUGUUGAAAAUCAAAGAAGUAAAAAAGAGAAAGAAUUUCAGAUUUGGAAGAAAAUGAAAGAAACUCACAAGAAAACAAUUGAGAAUUUUUUGAAGGAUUGUGAACAGCUUGUCCAUGAGUGUGAUCCUCAGCGUUUCCUGGAGGUGGCCUGUGGCUUGAAUACAAGAAUGAAAACUCAGCUUGACCUGAUGAAUAUAGCAUCCAGCUAUGAAAAACCACCAGUGUAUACUCAAAAGAAGAUCGAUAUCAAACCUGUGGUUAAUGAAAUCCUGGCUUUGAAGUUCAUGUCUGUUCAUGAAGGCAUUGUUAAAGAUCUACCUUCUGGAGGAAAUGAGAACUCAAAAAUUGCUUUCUUUAAAAAUAGUACAAACCAGUGGCAGGACCAGAAGAACAUACCCAACACAUUUCCUCCUGUAGAAGGACAGGAGGAAGCAGUAGCAGAUGGUAGCGGGAUCUGUACUCGGUUAAUGUCAAUAUCGGAAAUGUCAGCAUUUCAAAACAUGAGUCAUGAGGAGUUACGUUACAAAUACUACAUGGAACGGCAGAAGCUCACCAGUGAGUUCAAGUUGCAAACUUCAUGUGCCAACAAAAAGUACAAGUUUGUAACUGCUGAGGCUUUGAAGGAUAGGUCCUCAGGAACUCCUUUAGUAUCUUCACCUACUGAAGCAAAUAACACAGACACAGUAAAAAUGGGUACCCUGCAAAAGAUAGAUGGCUUUGAGAGAAGCUUUUCUGGAACCAGUAACCACAACAUCCCAUCCACAAAUAUGAACUUUUUUGAAACAAACAGUGACUUAAAGUUGUUUCAUGAGAGAUGUUCUCAGGAAGUAACCCCUCUAGCCUUAUCAGAAAACUCAAAAGACAUAGGAAUUAAAGAAAAAAUGCCAAUUCAGGCAUCAGCAGUUACUGUUUCCAACAAAAUGGCCAGAAAUUCUAGUGCUUCAUCUGGCUUAAAAGCAGCAGCAGCAUCAGUAGCUGUUUCAAAUUCAGAAAUUCUGGAUGUUUCUGGAGAGAGACUUUCUGCUUCACCUUUUGCUUUCAGUGCAUGUAACAAUUCAUUACCCAGAUUUAUCAAAGAUGCAGGAACAUUUUCCUUUAAAAAGAAAGACAGGAAAUAUGUUUUCCCUCAGUUUUAUCUAGGAAAAUGUGACCAUACAGAUCAAAAUGAUAACCAGGAUGAAAACAAAUUUAGAAAGCGUGGUCCUGUAACCAAACCCACAGUUUCUGAUGCUUCAACCAGUCCUAAUUUAGACUCAGCAGAAAGUGAGAAUCCAAAUAUUCCAUUUCUAUUUGGCAGUGCCGAAAGAGAUUGUUUUCCAGGAUUGGGAGUCAGCAAUUCACUUAAGGUUUUACCAUUUUCCUCACUUUUUAGCCAACCCAAGAAGCCAUCUGACAAAAGUACAUCAUCUCACAUGAGCGCUAAAACACCUGCAACAGAAACUGCAGAUCACUGUACACAGAAACCAUCUGUCUCAUGGAAACAAAAAGAUGGUGCCUCAGAACCCAUCACAACUGUAGCUUGCAGUACUUCAGAAAGCACCACUGCAUCUGGGGUGAAUGAUGCCUCCGAGUCCUCACUUGUUGGCAGUAGUUGUGUGUUUUCCUUCAGCAGUAACUGUUUUCAGUUUGCUUCACCAGUAUUUUCAUUUGGAAAUAUUGUCAGAAAUACCUCUGAUUCGCUAACUUCUUCUGUGGUUUUGUCAGGAAAUGGUGCUGGAGAAAUGGAGAAUGAGAAAGUGACAUCUCUGAACAAAACACCUGUAAGUCUAGGGAAGUUGGCAUCUUCAGAAUGUUCAGAGCUUGCUUCUAGACAUAGUCAUCCAAAAUGUGGAGGUUCUUCCUUGCAUGUGAACUCUAAGAAAAGGGGAAGUUCAGAAAUGCCUGCUGAUAGUAAUUCUUUUAGGCAGCCUUUAUCUUCCGUUGUCUGUACUGUUAAAGGUGAGAGUGCAUCCUCUACCAAACUUAAUACAGCAACAAAACAAGAAAUAAAAGAAGAAGAAAAUGAAACCGUUGCUGAAAGUACUUCCUGUCCUAGGAGGGAAGAACCUGAGUCUGUACAGUUUCAGAACGCAGCUUGUUCUGUAUCUGGCACAUGCAGUGAUCUGUGUUCUGGAGGUUUGGUGCUUAAGGUAAACAAAGCGGGAGGAAUGCCAAGUGACAGUGACUCUGACACUGAAGAGCUAAGUCAAGCAUCUGCCUUUACUGAUACCAGCAGUUCAUCAGAAUAGUUUUCUGUUGCUGAAGACAAAGUAUCUUCUAGAAGAAAAUCGAAAACAUGAAGAGACAGUGAAGUAGAAGAUACCUAUGACUUUACAACAACUCUCCCUAACUGAAAUUAAUGUUACAACUAACUUCUUAUCAGCAAGUGCAAUGUACUAAGGUGAUUUUUAUAGUGCAAACCCAAACAGAAGAGACAACCGAAAAUCUCAUGUCUUGUGAAAGACUGAAGUAUGACCAUGUAUGUUCUCUCUAAGAAUGCUGUCCUUCAGAGACAUGCCACUGGAGUGUGUGUGGAUGAUGGGGGGCCUGAGGUGUCAGGGAAAGAAGUUUUAAUGCAGCCUCAGAAAAAAGUAGUAUUGCUGCACUGGUACUGCAGAGGAGUACCAUCGCUAGGGUUAAAACAGUAAGGUAACAGCUUUCAGUUCAAGUGCAGGCAGGAAGGGAGGGAGAAGAGCCAUGGCGAACAAAAGUAUUUUAACGGGUGUUACAGAAAAUUGGUUUGCUUAUAUCCCUUUGUCUGUUUUCUUUUUCUAUGAUGCAUUUAAUAUAUAUUGAAGAUGCAGUUUCCCAUGUAAUUUUAGUAAUUUCUGCUUUUGAAAUUGAAACACUUACAUCAAUGUUAUUAUACACAGCACAAGGGCAUCAGCUACCUUUAUGAAAUUCUGCAUUUAUGAAAAGAAACCAUUGCCAUAACUGAUACUCAGUUACUUCUGGCAACAGUUUGGGUGGCAGUGGGCAGGACUUAAUGUGCUGUUUUGCUGAAAGCAUUAGGAGAAUAGUUUUUAAAGCAUAAAAAUCUCCUUUUCAAAUUUACAUAAUAGGGAAGCAGCACGGUGCACUCUUAAACAUUACCAAUCAAAAACUUACUUUUUAGCCUAUGAAAUUUAAUACAAAGUGAUGAUAAAACCCUCAUAUUUUCAAAUUGACUGUUUUGUCAAUUUGAACAGUGAUAACUGCUUUAGUUAUUGAAAUAUGCAGACAGUAGUACUAUUGGAAAUUAAAGCUUGUUCAGUUGGUACUCACUCUCCAGCAAAAGCCAGUGCCAGAUUUUAAAGAGAUCAGUCUGUUUAAUAUUUCUACUGGUGACUACCUAGCCAUCUUUAAAAGAAAAAAAGCAACAAGAGAACUGCUCUUUGUAAAUUCCUUUAAAAAAAGAUCUCUGGAAGGCUUAGCAAUAUACUUAUUGUGACAGAAUACUUAGAAACACUAUUCUUGGUUUGGGAAGUAUUGACCAAAUUUUAAUGUGGUUUGCUUUACAUUUUUGACUGCAGUUCUUUUUCUGUGGGAAUGCAUUUCUUGAUUAAAUGUCCUGAAAAAUAGUUUCUGGAGUUUUCAAAACUUACUCAUCUUCCUUUCACAUCUGCAUUAUACUAAAGAAGGUGGAAAUUCUGUUACUAGUUUGAUAGUUCUUCAUGGUUAUCCCUUAGGUCUUAACGGUUUUUCAAUUGCUCAUAAUUCUUUUAUCUCUAGAUAUGUUCUUCUGCAGCUGUAGGAGAAAAGUGUUAAAAAGGGUGUUUUAUUGAAGGACAAAAGCUGAGCAAAGAGUGUCAUGGGUGGAGGCUGUAAGGAGAGCAAGAGAAAUAAGGCACCUCUAGAACUUGCUGCCAGAGGGUUGUAGAAAAUGUUGUCUGCCACAGUGACAAAAAAGUAAUUCUUAAUGAGCUAGGAUUACUAAUAAGCACUACAUAAUUUCCUUAUAUUGCUUAUUUUCAGUGUAUCUUCUUUUAAUUUCGAUUACAGUGUUUCACAAGAGUUUGAUAGAAGUUACUCUUUUUAUUGAAAAGAUACUAUUGCAGAGUAAUAAAGCAAAUAAACAGCUUAUCAUGCACUGGUUUUGAAAGCAGAAACUGUUGGUGUGUGGGUUUAAUACAGUCUUAGGGCUGCUUUUCAAGCAUGGCAAGUUGCUGUCCAAAUGUGUUAUAGCUCAGCAUUAAGGUUUUACUGAGGAGAUAAAUGUCAAGCAAGAUGCUGUAGAGUAAGUCAAUGUCCUAGGUUAACACAGCCACCUCUCACCAGUCCCUCUCUCCCCUCCCAGACAAGGAGGGAAAGUAACUCAAAAAACCUUUACCUUGCAAUAAGGAGGUUAAUGGUCCCAUACAACCUCCAGUUGCCUAAUUUCUCAGAAGAGCACAGCAAAAUGCAGACACAACAACAGAAACCGGGGAUCUCCUGCCACCUGUCUCACUCACAGCCAGCCAAGCAGAAAAGACCAGCACUCCAAACCCAGCAAUCAGAACAGGAAGUCUGCACUUCAAGCCCCAUGAUGUUUGCUCCAGCCAGCACUUUCCUUUUGAAGCUGGCAUGACAGCAGCAUGGGUUGGAAUAGCAGAUUCAACUCACCCUGCAAUAGUCACAGCUAAAUUACAGCCUACUGUGAUUUCCUGGUAUUUUCACAAGGUGAUGCUUUGGUCGGUUAGUGUCAGUCA